UGACAAACGCUUCUACUUUUACUAAUGACGGAGCUGCCCUUCUCCCCGCAGCCCUGACACAGGACCCAAGGUUAACUCCACCGGACAGAAGUUCUAGCACAGGCCCGUGGACCCUGUUUCAGAUCAGCAUCAUGCAGGACAAUCAGACGUCGCUAUCGCAGUUCUUACGGGAGAGUUACUUAUCGGAUUCCCAACACAGACAUCACUGCCCGAGUUCUGACAGUACUCAUCCCAUACUGUACGGCACUCUGAAAGGAAAAUCAGAGGAUGAGCCUCAGUUCCCGGAUCUCUCUGCGUUCCUGAGUCAGGACGAGCUGAAUAAGAGUGUGGACCUCGCACAAAGAUCUUUUGGUCAUGAACCUCAGGAGGAUGGGCCCGACGCCUCGUACACCACCCCCAUCAUCAGCACCGCUCAGGAGAACGUGGAGGUCACACCUGAGAGGCAGGUUCUCCAAUCUGAGAACAAGAUCAGGAAUAUCAGGACUCAGAGAGAACCCGUUCCAAAACCCGCCAAGAACGCUUCAUACGGCACUGAGGUUCAGUCCAAAAAGGAGUUCCUCAACAAGGCAGCGGACUUCAUAGAGGAGCUGUCCUCCCUCUUCAAAGCCAACAGUUCCAAACGUAUUCGGCCCCGGUCGUGUAAAGCCCAUCGGAACCGGCACCAGAACAAACAUCAGUACGAUGCCGCCUCAUUCCUCCACGACCCAGAGGAACGAGAGAGACCGGCUCUGAACAGCGUACCUCUGGAGUUCCACUCCCCAAGCCCGGUACCAGAGGAAGUAUAUAACACAGAACCGGAGGGGGCGGAGCCUGUAUUUGAGAUCAAGUGUGAAACGUCCGUCUCGACAGAGCCUGAACUCUCAGAGCCGGUGUACGAACCCCCACGAUUCAUCCAAAAACUCAAAAGCAGAGAAGUCCCAGCAGGAAGCAAGGUCCAGCUGGACUGUAUCGUCAGAGGAUUUCCAGCACCAGAAGUUCGGUGGUUCUGUGAAGGCAAAGAGCUGGAGAACAGCCCUGAUAUUCAGAUAAUCAAUAACAGUGAUCGGCACUCGCUGAUCAUUACAGAGGCGUUUGAGGAAGACACCGGGCGCUACUCCUGCUUCGCCUCCAACUUUUGUGGCACAGACUCGACAUCAGCGGAAAUUUAUAUUGAGGGAGCCUCGUCAUCUGAUUCAGAUGGAGAGCAGCAUUUUGAAGCACAAACCAACAAACGGGCUCCACGUCCCGCUGUGACCCAACUCCCAGAAGUUCCAGAAGUCCCAGAGUUCCCCACUUCACCCCCUAGCACUGAAGACUCUUUACUAUCUCAGAGUUUCAACCAAUCAGCUUUACCUGAGACCUUCUCACCUCCACCCGAACCUCCAACUUCUCCGCCUGCAGCUGAUGGAGUAGAUCCUCAACCUCCUCCAGUGAACGGUUCCAGCGCACCCGUCGAAGAACCGUUACCUGAACCAACAGCGACAUCUCAUCAGAUGAUUCCCACAGUACCCAGUGUACAGUCGGUUGAUACCUCAGCAACACCUGAUCUUAUUCAGGAAACAUCAGAUUUUCCAGUAAAUGCCAGUUUUACUGAGAAUCAAAAUUUCAACGGAUACCCACAAGGUUUAGAUGGAAGGCCGAUAAUGGCUGCACCUGUUUUUACAAAGAGUCUUCAGGACCUCGUUGCUUCAGAAGGUCAGCUGGUGGUUCUGGAGUGCCGUGUUAAGGGAGUACCUUCACCCAGAGUAGACUGGUACAGGGAAGGGAUGCUCAUAGACGACUCCCCCGACUUCAGGAUCCUACAAAAGAAGAAUAUCUGCACUCUGGUUAUUGCUGAAGUUUUCACUGAAGACUCUGGAAUGUUUACCUGCACAGCCAGCAAUAAAUACGGCACGGUGUCGAGUGUUGCUCUGUUAACAGUGAAUGGCAAUGGUGAAAACAGCAACAGUAAACAAAUCUUGAGCAGUUCGACAGCGGAUCCCUGUGACCACAAGACCCUGGAACCAGAAAUCCUCACAACACCUUCUAAAUAUCCUUUAACUUCCUGUCUGAAGUCUACAUCAAAGAAAUCUCUAGAAAAGCACAGAGAUUCACAGUCCGGCUCUCGAGUGGGUCUCAGAGUUACCUUUAAACUUCCAGAGGACGAGGAGAAAUCCAACUCCAGUAAAGACCCUCCUCCAGUGCUGGCUAAACCCAAACUGAAUCCACUGCAACUUCAAAUUCUACACAAGCAAGUUCUUCUGGAGCAGCAGCAGGACAGCGUUCCUCAAAGCCUCGAGCUUUCACCACCAAACCAAGAACAUCCUGAUCAGGACAACACCCCCAUUUACACUCCUCCACCACUAACACAAACACAUCCACCCCUGAUCACUACUCUCCCAGUGCAGCAGAUAAACCCCCCAAUCGCUCCCUUUACCAGCUCUGUUCCUGCCCUGCUGAUGACUGAUCGUAUUCCCCUGGACGAGGAAAGUCUGCCCCCUGCAGUCUUCUUUAACAAACCGUCCACCAACCAUGUUCCAGCCCCCCCCACAACUCAACCCAAUCUGCCUCCUAAUCCACAGUUUAACCCCGUCCCUGUGAAUUUCGCUCUGCCUCCACAAAUUCCACAGAUGAUUCCAUGUCCUGCUGGCCUAAUGCCCAUACCUAACAUGGAGACAAUUCAAGCAACGCCUCCAAUCCGAUUAGCUUCAUUAUCUCCACUGUCUCCACUGUCCCCAGUGUCUCCACUGUCUCCAGUGUCUCCACUGUCUCCUGUCUCACAGUUAAAUGUGAUGUCGACCCUCAGCACAACAGUGCCAAACACAGGCCCACCUACAACUUCACAUCAACUAAAUAUGGCUUCAGCGAUCAACAUGACAGUCAACAUGAACGCAGUGCCACCAGUUUAUUCCUCGCCUACAUCCCUGAUGAACAUCAAUCCUACAUCUCUGCUGAACAUCAAUCCUGCAGCACCAAUGAACGUUAAUCCUGCAGCGUCACUAAACAUGAACCCUGCAGCGCCAAUGAACAUCACUCCUGCAAUGCCGUUGAACAUCAAUCCUGCAAUGCCGUUGAACAUUACUCCUGCAGUGUCGAUGAACAUCACUCCUACAAUGCCGAUGAACAUUAAUCCUGUAGCACCUGUAAACAUCACUCCUACAGAGACGCUGAAUAUCAGUUCUGCAGCGCCAAUAAACAUUAAACCUGCAGCGCCGAUGAACAUCAAUCCUACAUCCCAGUUAAACAUCACUUCUACAGUGCCAAUGAAUAUGACUUCUACAGCGCCGCUUAACAUCAAUCCUGCAGCGCCGAUGAACAUCACUCCUAAGGCUCCAUUUAACACCAAUCCUGCAGUGCCAAUGAACAUCACUUCUACAGCACCACUGAACUUCAAUCCUACAUCCACGCCAAACAUUACUUCUACAGCGCCAGUGAACAUCACUUCUAAAGUGCCGAUGAACAUUAUUCCUACAGCACCACUAAAUAUCAAUCCUACCACUCAGAUCAAACCUGUGGCCAUCACUUCGGUGGACACACCUUCUUCCACACUGUUAUUAAAUUCUCACAGUACUUCAGUGAAUCAGCAUAACCUGGAACUGAAACUGGUUCAAAGCACAAAUUCUCAAAGUUCAACCAGUGCGCUACUGAACAUUACUUCCUCUGCUUUACUAGAAAACACACCUGUAUCUCUUCUGAAUGCUCCUCCUAUACCCAUCAAUCAGACAAUCAGCAUCACUUCAGUCUCAAGCGUCAACUCUUCACAAACGUUCAGCUACACUCGACCCAAGGAGUUCAUCGCUGCCCAGAGUCUCUCACCCAUCAGGAGUCCUUCACCACCUCCGUCCCCUGCCCCACCAAAAUUACCCAGCACCACCAGGGAUCAUGUUUCACCCAGCAAUCACUUCACUUCCUCACCUCGAGUUUUCCCGACGAGACUUCUGGAAUCUCCUAACAGUCCUCCGUACGUCGCAUCACUGCCUUUGGUUCCUCCUGCUCUGGUGAAUCCGGUGUUUGUGUUACGAUCUCAGUCUCCAUCACAGGCCUCCUCUCCAACCUCGAGCGGCUCCACCUCCAGCCCCAUCCAGGACCCCGUAGCUUUCCUCAGCUCGGUUCUGCCUUCGUUACCAACAGGUCGUCCAACCAAUGCCAUGGGACUCCCCAUGAGAGCUCCUCCCAGGCCUCAAACCACACUGAGGAAAAGUCACAGAAGUUCUUGGUCCAGAUCAGAAGAAGAAAUCUACGACAGUCGAGAGAAUCUCGUACAUGAGGUUGAGAAAAAACUGCAAAGUAACAACGAAAUCUUUCGUCAUGGACAACAGAAUCUGGAUUUUGGGUGGGAAGCAAGCAGAUCGCUUGGACCAAACAUUCCAACUGCAACUAUCAUUAACUAUGACGAGGAAUACAAAGUCUCUAACUUUGAACAGAGGCUGAUGAGUGAGAUUGAGUUCCGGCUGGAGAGAACGCCGGUGGAGGAAUCGGACGAUGAGGUUCAGCACGAUGAGAUUCCCACGGGCAGGUGUAUCGCACCGCUGUUCGAGAAGAAGCUUAAGAAUUUCAAAGCUGUUGAGGGAAUUCCUGUUACUUUUACCUGUAAAGUGGUUGGAAUUCCUGUACCAAAGGUUUACUGGUUUAAGGAUGGAAAACAGAUCUUAAAGAAAAACGUUCACUACAGGAGAAUAAGAGAGGGUGAUGGAACGUGUUCUUUACACAUAAACUCUGUUACUAAUGAUGAUGACGGCAAUUAUACGGUUAUGGCAGCGAACCCACAGGGAAGAAUGAGCUGUUCAGGUCAUUUGAUCGUGCAGUCCGGUCCAAUGCGGAACAGAUCUGUGGUUCAGUCUCAGAGGGUGAGGACCAGGGUGAGACAGGUGGAGGAGGGAGAACCUUGUGAAGAAAGAUUUUUCCGCCCACACUUCCUGCAGGCCCCCGGGGACAUGGUGUCUCACGAGGGCCGGCUCUGUAGGUUAGACUGUAAGGUAAGCGGACUCCCCCAUCCGGAAAUGAUGUGGCUGGUGAACGGAAAACCAAUACGUCCGGAUCUGACUCACCGGAUGCUGGUCAGAGAAAACGGGGUUCACUCUCUAGUUAUUGAUCCUCUGUCGAAAGACGACGCUGGAACGUAUACAUGUAUCGCCUCCAAUAAAGCCGGGCAGAGUUCUAUCUGCCUCACGCUCAGCGUUGUCGAGAAAGAGGUGAAACAAGCUCCAUAUUUUGUGGAAAAGUUGCAGAAUUCCGGAAUCACAGAGGGAACGCCAGUCCGGCUGGAAUGUCGGGUAGUCGGCAUGCCCCCACCUGUGUUUUUCUGGAAGAAAGAUAAUGAAACUCUGUCUGAGACGACAGAGAGAUUCAGUUUGCACCAAGACACAACAGGAUACGGAUGCCUUCUUAUUCAGCCAACCAGGAAAGAGGAUGCUGGCUGGUACACGGUGUCUGCAAAAAAUGAUAGUGGUAUCAUUUCAUGCACAGCCAGACUAGAUAUUUAUGCUCAGUGGCAUCAACAGGUCCAUCCACCCAUCAGGAAACCAUCACUUACUGGAAGUCACUUUGCUGCACUAACUGGAGAUUUUAAUAAUAAACCAGUUUAUCCUGCGAUAUUCAACACUUCUCAAGGAGAAUCUACUCAAGAGAGCGAGGAGCUCUGAAAACCACCUGCUUACAAUAAUCAUAAAUCAUGUCAUAAAUUUAAAAAAAUCACCUGAGA